ACUACAAAAGUGAAAUGAUUUAAAAAAUUCUACUGUUUAAAUUAUUAGUGAAAAACCGACAUUGUGAUGAAAAUGAAGAAAAGAAUAUUCGGAGCUAUCAUAUUUUUGUUGCUAGGCGUUGUCAAUUGUGGUGAUGUUGAAAACAUCGAUGUAAGUCAAACAAGUGUUUUGCCAACUAUCAAGAAGUAUCCAUCCUUCCUAGAUGUCUUGAAAGAAGAUUUGUUAAUCCAAGAAUGGGAUGAUAACGAGAAAUCUUGUCACGAUCAGAUUUUAAAAAUUCUAACAAACGUCCAGAAUUCAACGCUAUGGGCUACUUGGAUAUGGGACAGUGUUCAGUUACCUUCUGGUCAGUUCUACGGCGCUCACAAUCACUUCGGCAACUUCGAUCAGUGCUUGCGCAGGUUGUGGAAUGACGAUCCAAUGCCUACGCAGUAUUGUCUCGUCGACCUCAAACUAGCUGAAGCUGAUAAAUUAAUGAGCGAAAUAAACCCAUAUGAUAAAUCAGAGGGUUACUUUCACUUCAGAAAUGAAUACAGUUCAACAUUUAACAUCAUGUCAUGGGGGAUAUGUAUGCCAGCGGUGUGCCAAACUGAAUCCAUACAUAAGUUCGUACGUACUUUAUAUCGGUACAGCCACAUCAGUACAAUUAAUCCCCACCCUGAUAUCAAGUCUCUACACUGUCAGUUUACACGGACACCACAAGGGAAUACUACCGGAUUGUAUUCUUUGCUAUUGUCUGCGGUGCUUUUGAUCGUAAUCGCGUCGACCUGUACGUUUAUAACAAUGAAGAAUAAAGACUCUAAAACAAAUCGCAUCGUUAUGAAGAUAGUUAGCGCUUUCGACCUUAGAAAAAACGCAAGCGAUCUUAUGUCAGUGAGCAAAGAUGAGAUCAAAGUGAUGCACGGCGUCAGAUUCCUCACUGCGUUUAUGGUGGUGACCCUUCACGUCAUGUUUAUAAACAUCAUGGCUACAGCUGGCAAUGGAUUGGAUAUGAUGGACGACUUCAAGCGGUAUGCUGGGUUCUUGUCACACGCGAGUGUUGUGGUAGACACGUACUUCAUGAUGUCAGGCCUGCUGCUGAUGAAGAGCUUCAAGCCUGAGACUGGCAGAUUGAUCAGUCCUAUCAAACUUAUAAUAAAACGUUACUUCAGGUUAAUUUGGGUAUUUAUAGUAAUGAUCCUUGUUGUUGUAACUGCAACACCCUACCUGUAUGGAGGUCCGCUUUGGUCUAAAUAUGCUCAAGUCGAACAGGAGGCGUGCGAGAAGAACUGGUGGUUAGGUCUUCUCAUGGUGGGAAAUUACAUCGACCCGGAACAUAUUUGCAUGCAAAUAACAUGGUACAUACCAGCGGACUACCACAUGGCAGUAGCCUGCACGUUGAUGUACUGGUUAUACCAGAAGAACAAACGCAGCGGUCUCUGUCUGUUCGGCCUGGUCACCAUCGCCUCCCUGUUGUUACCCGGAGUGUACACUUACUACCAUAAACUGAAUGCUAUUACUAUAUUUGAUGUUGAGACUAUUACAAACAGUCGUAAAGACAUAAGCGGUUUUCCAAUAUACGGCUUAAGUCACUUCCGUGCAGCACCGUACUUUGUGGGACUGAUUGCUGGAUAUAUUCUGUCAGUUUACAAACCGUCUAAUUACAGGAACGUUAUAUCAAUAAAAUAUUCAAUAAUCAGCUUCAUAACAAUAAUGGCGCUAUGUCUAGGAGUGCUAGUGAUGGGUCCAGCAUACAAAUUUAGAGAAUAUAACGCGUUAGAGUCAGCUGUGUUCGCAGCCACUAACAGAUCCGUCUGGGCAGCUCUUAAUGCUGCUUUUAUAUUACUUUGUGAAUAUGGAACAUUGCCUCUCAUCCCCGACUUUCUAGGCUGCAGCGUAUUCACGCCCUUAAGUAAACUUUCCUUCGGAAUCUACAUGUGCCACUUCAUUUUCGUCAUGAGAUUAACUCUCGCACUGCGUUCUCAAGCCUGGCACGACUUCUAUAAAAUUUUUCAAGAUUCAUGUGGUAUCGUGGUAGUUUCUAGUAUAGCCAGUUUGUACAUGACCUUAUUUAUAGAAUCACCUCUAAACAAUUUGGUCGGACUUGUAAUAAAGACCAAACCGACUACUUCGAAAAAUGUAGAAAAAUGUGAUACUAAAAUUGUUAAAGGUGAUUCGUUCAAAGACAAUGCUGCAGUUGUCGCAAUAAAUGAUGAAUCUCCAAAAGAUAAUAGAAAUGUAAAAGCAAAUGGCAUUGAUAAUAAUUCUUAUACAAAAGAAGCUAAUGAAGAAAAUAAGAAAAAAGAUGUAUGGAGACAAGAUUUAUAAAUAAUAAAAAUGACAAAAUUUAAAUUAGCUACCGUUUUAAAUUAUUACAGUUCACUGAUCUCUAUAGAUGGAAAGAUAUGCUCCGACUUAAACACGUCUGUCAAUGUUCCUGACAGUUAAUUCUAUCUCUAUUGUUAAUUAGAAUCCCUACCAUCGCUACCAAUAGUAACCAUCAGCGCCAAAAUAGUGACAAAUAAAUAUGCACAAAAUUAUUGCAGCUUGUAGCCUUCCUAUGUAUAGAGAUCUGUGUUACAGUUAAAUGAAUAUAAAUUACAUAAAUUAGGACAUUUAAAAAACAAUACAUGAACAGAGUACAAAUUUAAUCAAUAAUAACUCUAGAACUAACAAGUAGGAUUUCAGUCAUGGACUCGUUUGCCUCUCUCCUAUUAAUUUUGUUUCCUCUAUCUAGUAGUCUCCUCUAGUAGGUUUCCUUUGACAAAACACGCUGCCACUUGUAAGGGUAACCGUGGCUGCGGAAUGUCCAGCCCCUUGUCAAUUUACAGUCAUUUUGAUUUUUCUUUUUGACAUUAUAUUUUUGUACUUUU